UCAUCAUUCUUUUUUAGCACAACAAAACGUCGCGUGUGCGCGUUCUGUUUUUGUUUGGGUCUCCGAGAGGGGGGAAAGAGGAGGAGGGGGAGUGAGAAAGCCGCGGCUGGAGAAAAGGAGCUUUCUCUCUUCCUUCUCCAUUGAAGCACAUAGUCCACUAUGGUCUUACUCGCCUUCAGCACUGCAAGUCGGGGGGAUAUCGUGCAUCAGUCCAGGCUCCUCUUCUUGCAAGCCUUGCUUUGGAUUUUAUGUGCCACCGGAUGCCGAGCAGAGCAGUAUUUUAAUGUAGAGGUGUGGUUACAAAAAUACGGCUAUCUUCCAUCUUCUGACUCCAGAAUGUCCGUGUUGCGCACUGCGGAGACAAUGAAAUCUGCUAUAGCUGCCAUGCAGCAGUUCUAUGGCAUUAACAUGACAGGAAAAGUGGACAGGAACACAAUUGAAGAUAUCACCUUAAGCUGGAUGAAGAAGCCUCGUUGUGGAGUUCCUGAUCAGAUGAGAGGCAACUCCAGAUUUAACAUUCGUCGAAAGCGAUAUGCAUUAACAGGGCAGAAGUGGCAACACAAAUAUAUCACUUACAGCAUAAAGAAUGUCACUCCAAAAGUAGGAGAUGCUGAAACCCGUAAAGCUAUUCGCCGUGCCUUCGAUGUGUGGCAGAAUGUAACCCCUCUGACAUUUGAGGAAGUUCCUUAUGUAGAACUGGAGAAUGGCAAGAAAGACGUGGAUAUUACUAUAAUUUUUGCAUCAGGUUUUCAUGGAGACAGUUCUCCAUUCGAUGGGGAAGGAGGAUUUUUGGCUCAUGCUUAUUUUCCUGGGCCAGGAAUUGGAGGUGAUACUCAUUUUGACUCAGAUGAGCCAUGGACUUUGGGAAAUCCCAAUCAUGACGGAAAUGAUUUGUUUCUAGUAGCAGUUCACGAAUUGGGACAUGCCCUUGGAUUAGAACAUUCAAACGAUCCGACUGCCAUUAUGGCUCCAUUUUACCAAUACAUGGAAACUGACAAUUUCAAACUGCCUAAUGAUGAUUUGCAGGGAAUCCAAAAGAUAUACGGUCCACCUGACAGAAUCCCACCACCAACAAGACCCUUGCCGACAGUACCUCCACAUCGUUCUGUCCCUCCAGCUGAUCCUAGGAAGAAUGAUAGGGCAAAAGCUCCUCGCCCACCCACAGGGGAUAAGCCCUCCUACCCUGGUGUCAAACCCAAUAUCUGUGAUGGAAAUUUCAAUACUCUAGCCAUUCUCCGCCAUGAAAUGUUUGUUUUCAAGGAUCAGUGGUUUUGGCGAGUCAGAAAUAACAGGGUGAUGGAUGGAUACCCCAUGCAGAUUACCUACUUCUGGAGGGGACUGCCUCCAAGCAUUGAUGCAGUUUAUGAAAACAGUGAUGGGAACUUUGUUUUCUUUAAAGGUAACAAGUUCUGGAUCUUCAAAGAUACCACCCUCCAACCAGGGUAUCCUCAUGAUUUGAUAUCAUUAGGAAGUGGGAUUCCUCCCCAUGGUAUUGAUUCAGCAAUUUGGUGGGAGGAUGUUGGGAAAACCUACUUCUUCAAAGGAGACAGGUAUUGGAGAUACAGUGAAGAUAUAAGAACUAUGGACACAGGUUAUCCCAAAUCAAUCACAAUCUGGAAAGGUAUCCCAGAAUCACCUCAGGGAGCCUUUGUUCACAAAGAAAAUGGCUUUACAUAUUUCUACAAAGGCAAAGAAUACUGGAAAUUCAACAAUCAAAUGCUCCGGGUGGAACCGGGAUAUCCUAGAUCUAUCCUCAAGGAUUUUAUGGGCUGUGAUGGACCAGCAGACCGGGACAAAGACCGACACAGCCCUCAAGAUGAUGUAGACAUUGUCAUCAAACUGGACAACACAGCCAGCACUGUGAAAGCUAUAGCCAUUGUCAUUCCUUGCAUACUGGCCCUGUGCCUCCUUGUAUUGGUUUACACUGUGUUCCAGUUCAAGAGGAAAGGAACACCCCGCCACAUACUUUACUGCAAACGCUCUAUGCAAGAGUGGGUGUGAUGUAGGGAUAUUUUUUCUUCUUCUUUUCUCCCAGGAGUAGUGGUAACAUGAAAUCCAACAAAAGAGCUGUUACGGAGUUUCCUAUCAAGGAGCAGGCCUGUGUCUGUCUCAGCCAGGGAUGAUCUUUAAAUUCCAGGGGGCUGCUUGUCCUGCACAAGAGUGAGAAUUUUCUCCAGUAGGAAGCUUCAGUCGUACGCAGUACCUGCCGUUUCUCCAGUCCUUCGUCUGUCUUUGUCAUUCAGUUCCAGCCUUUCCUCUGCACGCUCAAUAUACCCAAUGCAAAACAAUCAGGAUAUUCAUAAAAAAAGAACAACAUGGAAAAAAAAGAAGAAUCUCUGGCAUCCCAGUUGGGUCGGUCUUUCUUUCUUUCUUUCUUUCUUUCUUUCUUUCUUUCUUUCUUUCUUCCUUUCUUUCCUUUCU